AAUUUGUAAAUUUUGAAGAACAAGAGGAUGUUAAUUGAAAUUAUUAGAAACGACAUAAAUCUGGGUUUCAUAUGCGUGAGUGAAUCAAAGCAAAAUCGAGACACAAACAACUUCAAGAAGUUUUUUUCUUGACCCAGUAACACUGGAAAGAAAGAAAGUUAUAUUCUUUUUGGUUUCACUGUUGGCAAACUCGACUACUAACAGACUUGGAGAUUCAUUAUCAAUUAGUGAUUAUACAAAGCAGAAGGUAUGGCUGGACAUAACGAGUCUGGUGGAUAUGAGAAGAAAUCAAGUGAAGCUGCAAAUGACUUACAGACGUUCAGUGCUGAAAAUUUGCAAAGUAACAUGAAAGUCAUAUAUUACAGCUGAACGUUUUUAUCUAUCAUUGGUGGGGUGAUUGCUGGGAUUUUGGGGUUCACGGGGUUGAAUGGAUUUAUCUUUUAUUUCCUUGUCAUGGCAACCACUUCAAUUGGACUCUUAGCAAAAGCAAAGUUUUCUGUUCACUCAUACUUUGGCUCUUGGAACCAGAUUAUACUUGAUGGCUUUUUCAGCGGUCUUCUGUCGUUCGUGCUGUUCUGGACAUUUGCAUAUGAUAUCGUGCAUAUAUUCUAACAAUGUCAUGCUACAUCUUCUGCGGAGGGAAAAGCCGAUGCUGUUUCUGCUUCUCGACAUGUUUAUAUACAUCAACCCGGAGUUUGAAUCCAUUUUAUAACAAUUAAAAGAUCACUUUUUCUUGAUUCCAAUCAAUAGUUUUGUUCUUCCUUUCAUUUUGCCAAAUUCUGGAUCAAUAGUUCCAUUCUCUUAGGCUAGACUUGAGAUGGCAAAUCCUUGAUUCUGCUUUCUGCAGUUUUGACCAUACUGAUGUUUUUUCUAUUUAAAUGCUGAGGAAUGCACAAUGCUUUUAUGUUUGAUUUUCA